CCGCCGCACGCCGGGCCGUGCCGGGCCGUGCCGGGUCGGGCACCCCGCUGCCCGCCUCCCCCCGGGCCGGCUUCAGGGCGGGGAGCAAAGGUAACCGGGCCGGGCUUUGGUACCGGGCGGGGCGAGCGGUACCAUGCUGGGCAGGGGCUGGCGGGGCUUCGGUACCGCCCUGGCGGCCCUGGGAGCUGGCGCCUUGCUCCGAGCCGGUCCAGCACACCUGUGGUCUGUCUUCCUGCACACAGAGCACGAGCAGAGGAAGUCCAAGACUUUCACACAAGCAGACAUGAAGGUGGAACUGCUCCCAGCCCUCACAGACAACUACAUGUACCUCCUGAUUGAUGAGGAAACCAAGGAGGCUGCAAUUGUGGAUCCUGUGCAGCCCCAGAAGGUUUUGGAUGCAGUCAAAAAGCACGGGGUGAAGCUGACCACUGUCCUGACCACACAUCAUCACUGGGACCAUGCUGGAGGAAAUGAGAAGCUUGUGAAGAUGGAGACAGGGCUGCGUGUGUAUGGGGGAGACAGCAGAGUGGGGGCCCUGACACAGAAAGUGUCUCACCUGACAUCACUCAAGGUGGGAUCUCUUAAUGUGAAAUGCCUCUGUACGCCGUGUCACACUUCUGGACACAUCUGUUAUUAUGUGACUAAGCCAAAUAGCUCCGAGCCACCUGCUGUUUUUACAGGUGACACCCUCUUUGUGGCUGGGUGUGGGAAGUUCUUCGAGGGAACCCCCGAGGAGAUGUACAGAGCACUGAUUGAGAUUUUGGGCAGCCUGGACCCCAAAACGAGAGUUUACUGUGGCCACGAGUACACAAUCAGCAAUCUCAAGUUUGCUCGGCAUGUUGAACCCGAUAAUGCUGCUGUCCAGGAAAAGCUGGCUUGGGCCAAGGCCAAGUAUGACAGUGGUGAGCCAACCAUACCUUCCACCAUUGCAGAAGAAUUCACAUACAACCCUUUCAUGCGAGUGAGGGAGAAGACAGUUCAGCAGCACGCUGGGGAGACUGACCCCAUCCAGACAAUGGGGGCCAUCAGGAGAGAGAAGGACAACUUCCGUGUCCCCAAGGACUGAGCACUCUGCCUGCAUCACUUUAAUGUCAUUUCAAGUGUUAUUUAGGUUAUUCAGGUGUUUUAGGAGUUGAACCUUCUGUUGUGAUUGAGACAGUUAUAUUUAGGGGUUUAUUUUGUUUUAAUUAAGGAAAAAAAAAAUAAGCACUUUGCCCUUGUUGAGAUGUUCUACAGCUAUUUAUAUUAUGAUGAAGAAUAUUUAUCCUUCUGUUGCUGGCUCUCAAACUGUCACCUGUGUCACAUGCAGAUCACUUUACAAGGUUGGUAUGUGGCUCAGAGCCUGGGGUGGGGAAAGGGUCAGACCCUGAGGUCUAGGAAAAAGCUCCUGUUAUUUUUGUAGGAGCCUGAGAGUGGGGCUGGGGCCCAUAGAGACAGGAUGCAGGAACUACUUUGCAAGCUGAAGAUCUGAAAUUUUUCUUCCCUGCUGCUGCUGCUGCUUUUAAGCUCUUGUGGCUCUGCUAACACCAGUUCUCAGUGACAAACCUGCUCCCCAUCACCAGCUCAGGGUUUGGGCUGUGGAGCACUCAUGGUGGCCUGGCCCUGUGGGUGACAGCUGGGGACUGUCCAGCUUUUCUGCUCUCUGAAUUCCCUGGCAUGGACUGCAGUAACUUUUCCAGGCAGCAUCCUGGCUUAGAGAUUGCCCUGUUGCUUGCACCCUUCUGCUCCUAACUCCUGUUUGCAUGUGCCUGCUUUCUGCUCUGAAAUGUGCUCUGUUACUUGUGUCACACAAAUGAAGAAGGGAUUUGUCUGCUGUUUAAAAUCCAAAGGAGAGCUUGCCUGCUGAACUCAAGUUGUGUGUAAGAGCUGAGCAGUGCUGAGAAUCCUCCAGCAGGUGCCUCCCUGUUGAUCCCUGGAGCAGCUGCUGGGUAUUUGCUGUGAGUAAUGUGGCAAAUGAGUGUUUUAUUAUCUGGGAGCUGCUCUGGGGAGCAGUGGCAGUGGCUGUGCUGGGUCUGGGGGACUCCAGAUCAGAGGCUUAGAGGAGAAGCCCUGUACUGCUGGGAUCCAUCACCCACCCAGCAGCCUCAGGUAGGUCCAACCUCUCUGCCAGAGGAUGUUAGAAAUGGGCCAGGUGUCCACAUGUUGCCAGGCUGAAAAACAAGGCUCAAACCCUCUGAGAAACCACCUGGAGGUGGCACUUUUCUUUUUCUUGCUUGGUCCAUGGGGAUUCAAAGCCAUCUCUGUUCUUAGACCAGUGCUGUACAACCCCAGGCUGCAACCAGCUUGGGAGGGAACUUCCCCUCAGGAGGUUUUUCUGACAGUGGAUGAGUGGGAUAAACUUUGGGGGAAAAUAAUCCCAAUUUUCAGCGAGUGGCUUUAACUUCCCAUCUUCCAGCUGAGUGUCUUGGAGCAAGAAACAUGAGUGAAGGGUGGCAGGACCCAGCCUUGGGGUUGGCAUCUGUCUCUAACACAUCUUCCCCCUAAUCAUUCUGUUUUCUUCCUUGCUUCUUGCUCGUGGCUCCAUGCUGCAAAUCUGCACAAGAGGUUUUCAAACAAACUCUGAAGUUUCAGAUUAUUUUGGUUCCAGUUUCCCCCCCUUCCUCCUCUCCCCAGUGCCUGUUGGUCACUGAUGCCACCCCCCAGGUGUCACCCUGGUCUGCUGUCCCACUGACUGGCAGUAUCUGAGCAGGACUUGGUGUUGCACCAUUGAUUUGUGCUUUUAAAGAGAGAAAAAAUUUUAUGUAGUUUAGAAAGAAAAAGUGGUACCUAAAACUUUGCUGCCUCCUGGACCUGAAGGCUGUGUGGUGACACCAGAGUGUCACUGUCCUGGUGGCUGUGUGACAAAGAGGAGAAUAAAGAACAGCUGCAAACCCACCCUCGGUGGGGCUGUCUGGAAGAAGGA